CAGAGUCACGAUGGAUCUACACAUUGGCGUGUUGGUUAUUGUCCUCGCGGGAUUGCAGAUUGUGAAUUCAGGCCUGAUCAGACGCCACGUAACAAGCGGUGAUCUGACCUUGACAUUGGAGUUGGAGGACCCCCUGCGACCUUUAACGGAAGCGGAUUAUUAUCAGUCGACAAAUGGCACUGCUUCUCGACGUAGGAGGGCAGCUGGUGGGCGGCCAGGUCAAGCCACUUCCACCAACACGUGCAACGACAUCCGGGGAGUUCCUGCGCAGCUGAGAAGCGCAAGCAACAUCGGGCCGAGUGGAUUGUCGUUUUUCUACCAGAAGUAUACAGAGGCGUAUGGGAUACCCGUAUUAGCUUCCGGUAAAGUCCCCGACGACGCUCUCCGCCGCGCCUGUUACGUCCUUCGCUUCCUCCUCGCCGACCACAGCGGUGUGCGACAGUCCUACUACCGACUAUCGGGAAGGGUGGCAGUGAUAGGGGCUCGGGAAGGGACAGUGUCUAUUCCAGAACACGCUUGGCUGGGGUCCGCCUGGAACGCCAGAGCACGUGGACUUGGGGCAACGGAACAUGCCCCAGUAUCAACGGGAGGCGAAGAGAACAUCCUGUGUUACACUGAGGACAGGUAUCGGGUCGAGGACAUCUUCCUGCACGAAUUCGCCCAUGGCAUCCAUCUGCUGGGCGCCAAGUACGCCAUUCCAGGCUGGCAGAGACGCCUACAGUCGCUAUACGACCAGGCCAAAGCUGCCGGUAGGUGGCGCAACACAUACGCCAUGAGUACUGUGGAGGAAUACUUUGCGGAAGGGACACAAAGCUACUUCAACGUCAACGCUUACUCCGCCGUCCCUAACGGCAUCCACAACCACGUCAACACCCGCGAGAAACUUCGGCCUUACGACCCCCAGCUCUUCUCUCUCAUACAGGAGGUAUUCCCGUGCGGCAACACGUACCUGAAGAGAUGCAAUACGACCAGAAGUGCUGAGAGAAGCCAGCAACUCAGGAUGAACUGUAACCUCGGGGGCGGGGAUGGCACAGACAGUGGGGGAGGCGGUAAUGGAACUGGAACCGGAACUGGAACUGGAACCGGAACUGGAACUGGUUCAGGCACGUGCCAGGACAAAAAUUCUCACUGCAAGUCGUGGGCGGCUCAAGGAGAGUGUGACUCCAACUCUGCCUACAUGGACGUCUCCUGUAGACGAAGUUGCAACAAAUGUGGAGGUGUGUCUUGUGUGGAUUCCAACCCCAACUGUAGCAGCUGGUCAAGUACAGGGGAGUGUGGACGGAACCCCGGCUACAUGUUGACCUCGUGUAGACGCAGCUGCGGCCAGUGCUGAUCGUGUCCACGAAUAAACCAAAC